AUGGCGGUGCAGCGCACCAGCACACUUCCCGAAGGUAGGAUUCCAGUUCGGACAUUCUCGCUGUCCAAUGGCACGAAGUCAAAAGCCCCCCAUACCAUCAAUCCCAACUAUGUUACCUGGCCGGCCCCAGACGGAUGGUACACUCCUCCACGAGACGCAUUGGAUGAUGAUGCGGUGCAGCCCUUCCCAGAUUUCCCAGACCCUUCCAAAACUCUCAUUAUCGAACGAACUCUGCUUCUGGACCAGCUCUAUGCAGGUCGAAAAUACGGCCCUACGCACGUUAGAGAUAAUGCAGUGUUCGAAGCUCUCUUGGCCCGCAUCGCCCCGUCUGGUCACAUCAAACAUGACCAAGACCUGUCGCACACCAGAUCAUCCGUCCGAGGGAUACUCGCCGUGGGUGAGAACUAUCGCGCUCAAAGAAGUCGUGACAACAAAGUCAAGCUACCUUCGGGCUGGACAUUGACGACUGGGUAUCACCCGAGCAAUGAUCACUCGAUCGGCAAUGCGCUCGACCCGAAAGUGGUCUUGAGGUGGAAGUUGCGUGAUCGAUGCGAUAGAGCAGUCCAUCAGGCCAGGAUCUAUGCCAGGGAUUUUGGCAUGAGGUUUUCCUGGGACACGGUUAACGAAGGUAUGCGAGCUCAAGCUGUGAAGCGUGCCACUCCUACCGCGUGCGAUCGGGCAAAAGUGGUCACUGCACUUACCGCGCUCCAUCAGACUUUCCCGGGUCAAUAUCAGGCGAUCCCUCUCGAACUGUUGAAGACCAGUGAGACGUCACAGAAGGAGUCGAGUGAGAAGCUCACAUCGGAAGAGGCCAGUCAAGAAGAGCUUACUUUGGGUAAGCAAACGUCUCCAAGUGCCAAUGAUACUGAGGAAUCUCCCGCUUCUUCGAAGCACACACAUACGUUUGCAUCAGUCAGGAGGAUGACUUCGUCUUUCUUCCGAGGUUUGAUGUGCAACGGAAACGUUGGACAAUUCUCAGGUGAGAAAAGCACUCCCCAGAGCUGUGCGAUUGAACUCGACAGUUUUCCCGUCGUUGUAAAGAUGGAUUAUAGGGAUAGGACGCACAAAGAAACGUCUGAAUCCCUCUUUACAAGAAAGCAUCUUGCAACCAGGGAAUUUGUGAUUGAGGCAGGAAUCAUCCGCGCCAAUAAAGGUCACGUUUCCAGGGGGCCGGCUCAUCCUAAUGCACCGACUGCGGCCCACAAGACAGCUGUUGAAAAGCCGCUGAUAGAGUGCUCAUCUAUUGGGAUCACCGACAACAACACAGCUCGUGGAACCCUCACCGAAAUCUGCCGACCUGUCAAUCCCCCACAUGUGGUUGAAGUUAAGACCAAGAACAAAUUGCGUAAGUUUUUGCUAACGCAGAAGUCUUCGCUCCCAGCCCCGAGCAAGGCUGAGGAGCCGCAAAAGAUAAUCACGGUGGAUACGAAGAGUGCGCCCUCUCGCCCGCAGGUCAAGGUGGACGCUCAACAUCACCAUACUCUCAGCGAGAGCAAGGACAAGUUGCGUGCUAUGAUGGCAAGGCUGGAUAGAGAGGUGUUUGGUGUGCGUGACGCUCGAUGA